AUGUCUGCUGAAAACCAAGAAGAAUUGUUGGACUAUUCCGACUCCGAGGAAAUUGCAGUCCCAACCACUACUCAAGCAGGUGAGGGCGAGUCAGCCAACGACAAGGAAGCCGACAAAAAGGGUUCAUACGUUGGUAUCCACGCCACCGGUUUCAGAGACUUUUUAUUGAAACCAGAGUUAUUGAGAGCUAUUGGUGACUGUGGUUUUGAGCACCCUUCAGAAGUCCAACAAGUUUGUAUUCCACAAUCUAUUUUGGGUACCGAUGUCUUGUGUCAAGCAAAAUCUGGUUUGGGUAAAACCGCCGUUUUUGUCUUGUCUACUUUACAGCAAUUGGACCCUGUUGCAGGUGAGAUCUCGACUUUGGUCAUUUGUCACACCAGAGAAUUGGCAUAUCAAAUUAGAAACGAGUAUGCCAGAUUCUCCAAGUACAUGCCAGAUGUCAAGACAGAAGUCUUUUACGGUGGUACUCCAGUCAAGAGAGAUAUUGAGAAGUUGAAGAACAAGGACACUUGUCCACACAUUGUUGUUGCAACUCCAGGUAGAUUGCAUGCAUUGGUUCAAGAAAAAGCCAUUAGAUUGAACAAUGUCAAAUCAUUUGUUAUUGAUGAGUGUGACAAGGUUUUGGAGUCUCUCGACAUGAGAAGAGAUGUCCAGGAUAUUUUCCGUGCAACCCCACACCAAAAACAAGUUAUGAUGUUUUCAGCUACCUUGUCACAAGACAUUCGUCCAGUUUGUAAGAAAUUUAUGCAAAACCCAUUGGAGAUUUACGUUGACGACGAAGCUAAAUUGACUUUGCACGGUUUGCAACAAUACUACAUCAAGUUGGAAGAAAAGGAAAAGAAUAGAAAAUUAUCCGACUUGUUAGAUUCAUUAGAGUUUAAUCAAGUGAUUAUUUUUGUCAAGUCGACACAAAGAGCUAACGAGUUGAACAAAUUGUUAUGUGCUUGUAACUUCCCAUCAAUUGCCGUCCACUCAGGUUUGCCACAAGAGGAGAGAAUUGAGAGAUACAAGUCCUUUAAGGAGUUUAACAAGAGAAUCUGUGUCUCAACCGAUGUCUUUGGUAGAGGUAUCGAUAUUGAGAGAAUCAACUUGGCUAUCAAUUACGAUUUGCCAAACGAAGCUGAUCAGUACUUGCAUAGAGUUGGUAGAGCUGGUAGAUUCGGUACCAAAGGUUUGGGUAUUUCAUUUGUCUCGACCAAGGAAGAUGAGGAAGUCUUGGAAAAGAUUCAAAGUAGAUUUGAUGUCAAGAUUACUGAGUUCCCAGAGGAAGGUGUCGACCCAUCAACCUACAUGAACACAUAA